AUGGCUGAAGAGCACGACGAGGCCCAAAUGGGUGACGAGGGCGGCAUGACAGGACCCGGAGCUCCCACCCCGCUCACAGCCUUGGAGGGUAUUGCCGGUUUAACGAAACGUGAUAUUCAACUCGUCAUGGAUGGCGGUUUCAACACGGUGGAGUCGGUCGCAUAUACUCCUCGCCGAAUGCUUGAGCAAAUCAAGGGCAUUUCAGAGCAAAAAGCACAGAAGAUAUUAGGAGAAGGCACGUUUUUUCUUUUCUUCUCCCCUCUCUCUUUUGCCUCCAAACUUGUCCCCAUGGGAUUCACGACCGCCACCGAGAUGCAUCAGAGACGAAGCGAACUCAUUUCCAUCACAACGGGAUCCAAGAAUCUAGACACACUCCUCGCAGGCGGGAUUGAAACUGGAUCAGUCACUGAAUUGUUUGGAGAGUUUAGAACCGGAAAAAGUCAGAUUUGCCACACGCUGGCUGUGACAUGUCAGUUGCCUUUUGACAUGGGUGGUGGAGAGGGCAAGUGUCUGUAUAUUGACACUGAGGGGACGUUUCGACCGGUGAGACUACUUGCGGUUGCCAACCGCUUCGGGCUAUCUGGAGAGGAAGUUCUCGACAAUGUGGCCUACGCUCGUGCUUACAACUCAGACCAUCAGCUGCAACUGUUGAAUCAAGCUGCUGCCAUGAUGUGUGAGACGCGAUUCUCGUUGCUCGUCGUUGACAGCGCAACUUCGCUGUAUCGCACGGAUUUCUGUGGCCGUGGAGAGCUAUCCAACCGACAGACUCAUCUGGCAAAGUUUAUGCGGACGUUGCAGCGAUUGGCUGAUGAGUUCGGAAUUGCUGUGGUGAUCACCAACCAGGUUGUUGCUCAGGUUGACGGCGGACCGAGCGCCAUGUUCAACCCUGAUCCAAAGAAGCCCAUCGGUGGCAAUAUCAUUGCCCACGCUAGCACGACUCGUAUCAGCCUGAAGAAGGGACGCGGCGAGACGCGGAUUGCCAAAAUCUAUGAUAGCCCAUGUCUGCCUGAGAGCGACACGUUGUUUGCCAUAAAUGAGGAUGGUAUCGGCGACCCUGCUCCGAAAGAUGUGGAUAGGGAUUAG